CGGAUGUUGAGUCAACUAGCAGAUCUUAUUUCUUAUAAUUGUCUUAUUUCUGCUCCCUUAACCUCUAUCCAGCAGAAACUGGCUUAUAUAAUUUAGGUGUGGAUCAUUCUGUAGAUGGCAGAUGGUCCUCCAACAAACGCCAAUUACAUAGCUAGUAGGUUCUUUCCAUUGCUUGCUUCCUAUCAGUCACCGAUGUGGAUUUAUUCCGAGUAAUGUUAAGCACUCGUGCGUAUGAGUUGCCACCAAUUAUAGGGACAACAUCUGCUUGUAAGCUCACUUAUUGAUGUCUGUUGCACAAACAAGGUGAAACAGCAUGGACUUGUCUAUGCACGAAUGGCUACGCCAUAUAACCAUAUCAUAAAACUUGCUCAAGAGCAUUGUUUAGAUUACCAUCAGCUUGGUAAUGACAUUGGCAUUUCGAUUCUGAACUAUAAAUAGAGUACACCUGAAAAGCCUGAACAGAGUGCAACUUUUCUUCGUUUCUCAUCUCUUCCUUGUCCUGAAGAAAUAUAACAUCACUCAUUCACAACCUCCAUCAAAAACAUGUCUGGCCAUCUCAGAUCUACAAGUCUGCCUUCUAGGCCUCACUCUAGUGAGAUCAAAGUAGAAGAAGAGUUACACAGCCUAAAAACAUGCCUCUGUAGGCAGCCUGCCACCAUGGUCACAUUGUGUGAUGGCUUGAGGAGGCUUGCAGAUGUCUACAACUGUGUUGAGGAGAUCGUGCGCUUGCCAAGGAACCAAGUUGGCCUCUGCUCGCCCCAGCAACAGAAAGUUGUGGAGAAAGAGCUGGAACGGUCCCUUGUGCUGCUUGAUAUCUGCAAUGCUAUGCAAGAGAACUUUGCUGAGUUGAAGAUGGGUAUCCAAGAGCUGCUACUAGUCCGCAAAAGAGGAGAUCAUGCCAUUGUCAACCUCAAAGUAGAGUCUUUCUUCCGUUCAGCGAAGAAUAUGCGAAAGCAUUUCAGGAAGUACAGCAGCAAAGCUACUUCUGAAGGUCUCAGCUUUGUCAGGCUACUAUCAGAAGCAAGAGAGAUGGCUAUCUCCCUAUUUGAAUCUGCAUCCUAUCUCUUGCCAAAGCAGAUUAUCACCUCCAAUUCUAGCAAAUGGUUUCUUGUGUCCAAGAAGUUCCAGAAAAAAGAAGUUAUACACACGGAGGAUCGGUUACAAGCAUUAGAGUGCAGAAUAGGAGAUCUUGAGAAUGGUGCAGGGUUUCUGUUCAGGAGAUUGAUCCAGACCAGGGUUUCUCUCCUGAACAUUCUUAGCUCAUCAAGAUGAGUUGCUGCCCUGGGGCCGUGUGAUUGGCAUCCUCCUUUUAAAGGGUUUGAAAACCUUGUGUAAAUCUAUCUAGUGUCUAUGGGAGACCCAUGUACAGAUUAGUGUAUCACUGGUAGACUAUAAGGGGAAAUGAUUUCAUCAUGUUUAUGUUGUCAAUGUUCUUUUGUGUGUACUUCUGAUUUUGGUGAAAUGUGAUUUUUCUUCCUAGGUAAAUACUGGUUGAUUGCUCCUUAAUGGCAGACAAUAUUCAGUAUGACAAUAUUUUUCAUCUUUUGCCUGCAGAUUUUAAGGGGUUAUAUUGUCACUUGACAAUUUAGCCUCAUACUUUUGUUUCCUGUGCUUGCACUAAUGUAAUUAUUUUGUGAUUGGUUUUCUAUACAUGCAUGAGUAUGCAAAAUCCAGGCUAUGCGGCAAGCUUGUAACUAUAUUAAAUGAUAUGAAGAGGAAACUUGAAAAACUGACAAAUGCGCAUAAACCAGACUUACACACAUGCUACCAAUGACAUAAAUACCUCACGUUUCUUUUAAAGUUUACAGUCUUACCAUUAUCCAUGCUAUUUUUAAUAUGAUAAAAAAUGCCGAUCCUUUCAUGAUGGA